AUGAAGGGAGAUCAGCCACUUCAGGAUAGGAAACCAAAUCAUUCCAUUGAACUGUCUCACUCGACAGUUUUGGCUACCACCACCGCCACCAUCAUGAAAUCGUCAAUUGCUACGAAGGUCCCAAAUGGCCACGGCAGCGUUUACAAGGAGGUGCGCUUUUCACCCACAGCAACACCCAUCCGCCGUACACAGUCGGUACCAAACACCCACGCUGUCUACUACCCAGAGACAAUUCCCACCAAGGGAGACUCUUCGACUUUAAGUGCAAGUUACAUCGAACAAGCUCACUCGCUCCUCGUUCGUCAACGGGCCAGCUUUGAGAAUGAAAGAUUGCUCUUUGCUGAAGAAAGACAGUUAUGGGCAAAAGAGCGUGAAUUACUCAAACUGAGGAUCGCCAAACUCGAGGCGCUGUUAGAAAGGAAUGGAAAUGCUAUUAUCUCCACAGAGUCUUCCGCCCGCUCUUCAUCGAAACCAAGUUUAUUAUUUAAACACCCGUUCGGCCCACAGCCCGAACAGAACUACCAGAGUUGUGGCGCUCAAGUGUGGGAGGGUUCUAGCCCCGGGAGUCGGCCCACAAGAGUAUUCCCCGAAAUAGAGAAGUCAGAUAGUCACAGUCAACAUUCGGAGCAAGGGGGAGUUUUGUCAAUUUCAGCGCCUUCACUCGAUGCUGCUUUGUCGCCUAAAGCCCAUGCAGCCGAUUCCACUAUCACCAGUGUAUCAGUGCCAAUUGAGAAGCUGGACAGCAAACUAGAUGGCAUUACACUCAAAUCAUCUGCCUUGCACCCUGAAAUUGUCGCCCGCGUAAUGACGCCUCCAUCGCCCUCACCCCAAGAGACAUCUCCAGCCUCAGUACCCGAAAGGUCCCUAGAGCGUCGUAACAGUUUGAAACUAAGACUUUCGGAGUUGGGUUCAUUGGACAGAAGGCUAACCAGGGAUGCCGGGCACACCCCAAUGGUUCUUAUCGAGGCUGAUGAGGAUACGGAGCAACCUUCUCCUAGCGAAGGGUUGUCGAAGGGCGAACCCCUUGCUCCGGCAGUAGCUCGGCAACCUGCAGAAAGCUCCGAUUCGUACUUCUGCGAUCUACCAGACGAUCCAGCUUUGAAAGGGCCUCUAUCCCUACUCAACGACGAAGAGCACGAUAGUGGCUUUCUCAAGGAACUAGACCAGAAACUCCUUGAUCAGGCAAAGCACGCCCUUGGAUACCAUGGAGAGUUAGAGCCUCAGGAGGCCGAGGCCGAGGCCGCAAGCCGCGCUAGCCAGGAGCCAGAGCUGAAAUUCAAAAACACCACAAACUUCGGAACUGCAUUUGGGAUGUCGAAUCUUGCUGGGGUCUAG